GUUUGACAGAUGGGAAGUGGCUCAACAUGAUGGAGUUUCACUUGUUUACUUUUAAAAAGAAGAACAAAUUGCACACAUGCAAGAACAAUUAAGACUUUUACCGUAAGAAUGGCUUCUGUAAUGGAGGAUCCAACCCUUCAGAGACAUUUUAAAGGACAUAAAGAUGUUGUUACCUGCACAGACUUCAGCCCCAAUAAUAAACAGCUGGCUACUGGGUCCUUUGACAAGACCCUGAUGAUAUGGAACCUUUCUCCCAAAGCCAGGGCAUUCAGGUUUGUGGGUCACACAGAUAUCAUUACAGGGGUUCAUUUUUCUCCAAGUGGUUCCUUGGUGGCAUCUUCAUCCAGAGAUCAGACGGUUCGAGUGUGGACACCCAACAUAAAGGGAGAGUCAACGGUGUUCAAAGCUCACACGGCAAGCGUUCGAAGUGUUAAUUUCUCCAGUGAUGGCCGAAGGCUGGUCACGGCCUCAGAUGACAAAUCUGUAAAAGUGUGGGGCGUUGAACGAAAGAAAUUCCUCUAUUCUCUCAACCGGCAUACCAACUGGGUGCGCUGUGCGAGGUUUUCACCAGAUGGUCGUUUAAUUGCUUCCUGUGGUGAUGACAGGACAGUUCGCCUCUGGGAUACAUCCACACGUCAAUGUAUCAACAUUUUCACAGACUAUGGCGGGUCAGCUACGUUUGUGGACUUCAAUUCAAGUGGCACAUGCAUUGCAUCAUCAGGAGCGGACAACACAUUAAAAAUCUGGGAUAUUCGUACAAACAAACUAAUACAGCAUUACAGAGUUCAUAUCGCUGAUGUGAACUGCUUUACCUUCCAUCCAUCGGGAAACUAUAUGAUCACCGGCUCAAGUGACAGUACAUUGAAGAUCUUGGAUCUUCUGGAGGGAAGGCUCAUCUACACUCUCCAUGGCCACAAGGGUCCAGUGUUGGCCGUGGCGUUUUCACGAGAGGGAGAUCUGUUUGCAUCAGGUGGUGCUGAUUCUCAGGUCCUGAUGUGGAAGACCAACUUUGAUUCGCUGAACUACAGAGAUUUGUUAAGCAGGCACAGCAAGCGGGUCACUCCAGAUCCCCCUCCACAUUUGAUGGACAUUUACCCUCGAUCACCUCACCAACACUCUGCCCAGAAUGGAACAAUAGAGAUUAACCCAAUUGUUGCUGAUACUCUGUCUGGAGAUCCUCAAGUGGUAGAAGUGGGGCGGGUUUUCUUCUCCACAGGGGAUUUAAGCGGCCAUGACCGUGUCACAGCAAGUUACAGAGAUCAGUCCAGCUCAAGUACUGGCUCAGGUCCAGCUCGAACUCAAAUGAGACAUGGGGAAGAGGAAAUUGAAGAACAAGAAGCAGGGUUUGCUUGCAAUGUGACAACCUCAUUAGAGGGGCGCUCUGGCCUGCCAUCAAGCCUUACAAGCACUCUAGAGAACAUUGUUCAGCAGUUGGACAUCCUGACCCAGACUGUUGCCAUCCUUGAAGAGCGCCUCACGCUGACAGAAGACAAACUAAGGACCUGCCUCGACAACCAGGCCCUUUUUCUGCAGCAAGCGCACCAUGUGGACCAGGACCAAUUCAAUGAGAAGAGGGGAGCUGGGGGACCUUCUGUAUGAGCUUUAAGACAUCCAGCUGGGUCAUUCCAAUCGAGGACACUGGACUUUUAACAAUGCAAAUAAAGAGGAAAAAAGAUUAAAAGAGUAAAGAGGAUGAGAGAAGAGCAACGGGGAUUUGAGGGAUCUUCAAGCAGUCACCCAAAAAUUCAAGUCCUGGAUUAGGACAGCUGCAGCUAAGACAAAAUCUUAGUCAUGUUUUGACAGCAGUAAGGACUGUCAUCCCUCAGGAUAGCCACUCUGAAGACAUAUCAGGAAAGAGACUAACAGAAGAUUUUCCUUUGUCCCUUUCUUUCACUGCAAAAUAAAUAAAUACAUUUAAAAAAAAUCAGUAAGUACUUCAUCCAAUAAUCAGUAUUGUCUUGUUUUCCAGUAAAAAUAUCCUGAACAACAUACAUUUACAUGGGAAGCAACCUUGUGUAAGAUAAUAUGACUUGUUUUCAGAGAAUAUAUCUGGCAAAAUAUUUUUCAUUGUUUUAAGCAUAAAUCAAGAAUGGGGUAAAUUGUAGAUGUUUUCUGAUGCAUUCUGUGAAAAUAUUUGUUUUAUUAUAAGAGCAAUAGAGGUUUUUCAAUGACAGAUACAGAUAUCUAGACAGCAGAAUGUGCGAUAUAACACCGAUAUAUAACACUUCAGUUAUUUGGCCAAGAUUACAUGGUAAUCGGUCUAUGUUGAUAAUUGCAAAAUGUCCAAAUAUCAUCUGAUCAGUCGUAUUAGCAAAUGUAUUGGUCUAUCACUAGUCUUAAAAUCUUAACCAAUUUUGCUUCUAAUUCAAUUUAUCUUGUUUUAGGGAUAUUUCUAUAUUUUUUAUUGAAAAACAAGACAAAAUUACUGAUUUAAUUUUUUUUUCAGUGUUCAUACAUAUACGUUCAUGAACAUAUUUUUCUCUGUCCAAAUUAAUUUGUGUCUGCCCUGUGACAUGUAUUAUGUAAUGUAUGUGAAGACAAUUAUGAAUGAAUUA